CUCAACCUCUCUAUCUCUCUCAUUCUCAUUUUUAUAACAAUAACUUUUGUUUGUCCACCAUCGGUUUAUGAGUUUCUGUCAUGUAACACAGUCUGAUCAGUAGAGAUGUUGCAUGCAUGCCCCUGUAGCUGAAAAGUGAAAAGUUAUCAGAAGAGAAACAAUGGGUACUUCCUCACGUGCCGGAGAAAGCAGACACCGUUUUCCUGCAUCCAUUGUAGAUUUAUACAGACGAAGAUUACCAAAAAGAAAUGCAAAAGAUGUAGAGAAGUCUAUCCACUUAUCCAUCCAAGAUAGAAGCUCAAGAUGCAAAUUCUCUUUCUUAAAACCUUUUGUCCAAUUCAUAACCAUUUGCGGCACCUUUCUAUUGCUCCUUUAUUCUCCAAAGGUUUGCAACAACCAUUUAUCAAGCUCUAGCUCUGGGCCAAAUUUUGUGAACAGAUGGAUAUGGGGUGGCUCAGAUCCUCGUUACACAUCAAAUGUAGAUAUUAACUGGGAUGAUAUAUCAAAAAUUACAGAGAAACUGACAAGAAAAAAAGAAGUUCAAGGAAUUGGCCUACUAAACUUCAAUAAGACAGAGUUACACAUAUUGGAACAACUUAUUCCUAAUGCCACACAUGUUGUUCUGGACCUAGAGUAUGCUGCAAAAAAUGUGACAUGGGAAUCCUUAUACCCAGAAUGGAUUGAUGAGGAAGAACAAACCGAGGUUCCAAUUUGUCCUUCUCUCCCAAGUCUUGGAUCUCCUGGAAUAAGGCUCAAUCUGAUAGCUGUGAAGCUUCCUCAUGCCAAUGGGGGGAAUUGGUCUAGAGAUGUUGCUCGGUUGCACUUGCAACUAGCAACAGCUAAGCUUGCAAUCUCUUUCAAAGGCAAUUACCCUUUGUAUGUGCUUCUUGUUACCAAAUUCUUUCCGAUACCUAAUUUGUUUACCUGCAAAGAUCUUGUGAGACAUGAAGGGAAUGUAUGGCUAUACAAACCAAACUUGAAUGUUUUGAGAGAAAAACUUCACCUCCCAGUAGGAUCUUGUGAACUUGCACUUCCUAUGAGGGGAAAAGAGUUGAUUUACGCGGGAAAUGUUCGUAGAGAAGCAUAUGCAACAAUUCUCCAUUCAGCUCAUGUGUAUGUUUGUGGAGCUAUUGCUGCAGCACAAAGCAUUCGCAUGUCUGGAUCAACUCGAGACCUAGUUAUACUCGUUGAUGAGACAAUAAGUGAGUACCACAAAAGUGGUUUAGAAGCUGCAGGGUGGAAAAUUAGGACAAUACAAAGGAUUAGAAAUCCAAAAGCUGAAAAAAAUGCCUACAAUGAAUGGAACUACAGCAAGUUCCGUUUGUGGCAGCUAACAGAUUAUGACAAGAUAAUAUUCAUUGAUGCAGAUUUGCUCAUACUAAGAAAUAUAGACUUCCUAUUUGGAAUGCCAGAAAUAACUGCAACUGGAAAUAAUGCCACACUUUUCAACUCAGGUGUCAUGGUGGUUGAGCCAUCAAAUUGCACAUUCCGACUCCUAAUGGAUCAUAUUAAUGAGUUUGAGUCCUACAAUGGAGGGGACCAAGGAUACUUGAAUGAAAUAUUUACAUGGUGGCAUAGGAUACCAAGGCACAUGAACUUUUUAAAGCAUUUUUGGGUUGGUGAUGAGGAAGAGAAGAAACAAAUGAAGACUAAGUUGUUUGGUGCUGACCCUCCAAUUCUCUACGUCCUUCACUACCUAGGAAUGAAGCCAUGGUUGUGCUUUAGGGACUAUGAUUGUAACUGGAAUUUUGAUAUCUUUCAUGAGUUUGCAAGUGAUGUGGCUCAUGAAAAGUGGUGGAAGGUGCAUGAUGCGAUGCCUGAGGUUUUGCAACAGUUUUGCAUGUUGAAGUCAAAGCAAAAGGCACAGUUGGAAUGGGAUCGUAGGCAAGCUGAAAUUGCAAACUAUUCAAACGGGCAUUGGAGAUUUAAAGUUAAAGAUAAGAGGUUGAAAAAAUGCAUAGAUAAUUUGUGCUCAUGGAAAAAUAUGUUGAAGCAUUGGGGAGAGACCAAUUGGACUGAUGAUGAGUCUUAUACUCCAACACCACCUGCCAUUGCAACAUCAUCUUUUUCUGGUUUAUGACAAGUGAAUUUUUCUUUCUGACUCAUUGUUAAGUUUCUUUAUUCUUGGUGUAGGAAAAUGGUAUAAAGGGAAAAAAUAUUUCUUUAGUUUGUGCAUGAAUAUGGUAUAUUGUACCCUCCAACUAUUUUGUGUUGAGUCUAUUAUGUAGUCUGAUCAAAUAUUAUAACAAAUCUCAUCAAUUCCAUUUCAAAGAAA